GAAAGGACGCGGGGUGGCGCUGCAGCAUUAGAAGUCGAAGGAAGAAAGCGACCAGUCCGCCCUCCUUUAAGCCAGAGGCUCUGCUAAAGAAUCAAGCAGGAAGGGGAGGCGUUCCCGGCGGUAGAUCCGGGAAAUCGGGGCCCUAGGCGUCUCCGCUUAUCCCCGUAGCUGGGACCUACUGGGAGUCAGCAGCCACGCGAGCCGGAGCUGGGUCAGGUUGCUGGGAGAGCAGGAGGAGAUGGAGGCCAGAGAAGGAAAGGAGCGCCUUCUGAAACAAAGGCAAGUCUUGGUAUUCUUUGUUUUGCUGGGCGUAGCGCAGGCUGGUUCCGCGCCUAGGCGUUAUUCAGUGGCCGAGGAAACGGAGAGUGGGUCCUUUGUGGCCAAUGUGUUAAAGGACCUGGGAUUGGAGGUAGAUGAGCUAGCUGCGCGAGGGGCCCGCGUCGUUUCCAAAGGGAAAAAAAUGCGUUUGCACUUGGAUAGGCAGACCGGGGAUUUGUUGUUAAAUGAGAAACUGGACCGGGAGGAGCUGUGCGGCCCUACCGAGCCCUGUGUGCUACCUUUCCAGGUGUUACUGGAAAAUCCUUUGCAGUUUUUUCAGGCCGAGCUACGGAUUAGGGACAUAAAUGAUCAUUCCCCGGUUUUCCUGGACAAAGAAAUAAUUUUGAAAAUCCCAGAAAGUAUCACUCCCGGGACUGCUUUCUUAAUAGAAUGUGCCCAGGACUUAGAUGUGGGAAGCAACGGCCUCCAAAGUUACACGAUCAGUCCCAGUUCCCACUUCCAUCUUAAAUUACAAAACAGUUCCGACGGCAUAAUAUCACCACAGCUGGUGCUGGACCAAGCGCUGGACCGCGAGGCACAGUCUGAGAUCACGUUAACUCUAACGGCGCUGGAUGGCGGGGCGCCACCCCGGUCUGGCACCGCCCUGGUCCGCAUUGAAGUCUUGGACAUCAAUGAUAAUGCCCCGGAAUUCGCAAAGUUGCUCUAUGAAGUUCAGGUUCUGGAAAACAGCCCCAUCGGAUCCCAGGUUGCUAUGGUCUCGGCUAGAGAUGUAGACAUUGGAGCCUAUGGAGAAAUAUCUUAUGUCUUCUCCCAGGCUUCGGAAGACAUUCGCAAAACUUUUCGAAUAAAUGCAAAAUCCGGAGAGCUCCUUUUAACACAGAAACUGGAUUUUGAAUCCAUUCAGACGUAUACAUUAAAUAUUCAGGCGAUAGAUGGUGGGGGUCUUUCUGGAAGUUGUGUGGUGCUUGUCCACGUGAUAGAUUUGAAUGACAACCCUCCGGAACUGACCAUGUCAACGCUUAUCAAUGAAAUUCCAGAAAACUUGCAGGAGACCGUCAUUGCUGUAUUCAGUGUUUCAGAUCCUGACUCGGGAGACAAUGGGAGGAUGGUUUGCUCCAUCCCAGAUCACCUUCCGUUCAUCCUUAAACCCUCUGUUGAGAAUUUUUACACAAUAGUGACAAACACAGCCCUGGACCGAGAGAUGAGAUCUGAGUACAACGUCACCAUCACGGUCACCGACUUGGGGACCCCCAGGCUGGAAACCCAGCACAACAUCACCCUGCUGGUGUCCGACGUCAACGACAACGCCCCCGCCUUCACCCAAACCGCCUACACCCUGUUCCUCCGCGAGAACAACAGCCCCGCCCUGCACAUCGGCAGCGUCAGCGCCACAGACAGCGACGCGGGCGCCAACGCCCAGCUCACCUACUCGCUGCUGCCGCCCCACGACCCGCGCCUGCCCCUGGCCCCGCUCCUGUCCGCCUAUGGUUCCUCUUGUUCCUCCCACCUCUGCUGUUUGUCAGUCUGA